AUAUCCCCCUUUCCCCUCCCCUCUUCUCCUCACAAACAUUCUCUCCUUAUCCCUUCCUCCCACCCACUUUCUUCUUCCUCACAUAGAAACAUGGCCAUUAAUUUGCUUUUCAUGAUGAGCAUUCUCCUCUUCUCUACUCCAAUAUGUUUCGCGCAAGGAGGAGGUUGGACCGCCGCUCAUGCCACCUUCUAUGGAGGAAGUGAUGCGUCCGGCACUAUGGGUGGAGCUUGUGGGUAUGGGAAUUUGUACAGCCAAGGAUAUGGGACUAACACUGCUGCUCUGAGCACUGCUCUCUUCAACAAUGGGCAGAGUUGUGGGGCUUGUUAUGAGAUAACGUGUGUUGCAGACAGGCAAUGGUGCCUUCCAGGCUCCAUUGUUGUAACUGCAACAAAUUUCUGCCCCCCAAAUAAUGCGCUUCCGAACAAUAAUGGGGGAUGGUGUAAUCCUCCUCUGCAGCAUUUUGAUCUCUCUCAGCCUAUUUUUCAGCGCAUUGCUCUCUACAGGGCUGGGAUUGUUCCCGUUUCUUACAGAAGAGUUCCAUGCAAAAGAAAGGGAGGGAUAAGGUUCACAGUUAACGGUCACUCCUACUUCAAUCUAGUUCUCAUCACCAAUGUCGCCGGUGCUGGCGACGUACAAGCCGUCUCAAUAAAGGGAUCAAGAACAGGAUGGCAACCUAUGUCCAGAAACUGGGGCCAAAACUGGCAGAGCAAUUCUUACCUCGAUGGCCAGUCUCUCUCAUUCAGAGUCACCACCAGUGAUGGCCGCUCAGUUCUUUCCUACAAUGUUGCUCCUCCCAAUUGGUCAUUCGGCCAAACCUUCUCUGGAUCUCAGUUCUUCUGAUCACCACUCUACUCCCUCCCUCCCUCUCUCUC